AUGAUUUCUUCUUUCUACCGUGCUCUGGCUACGGCCUCCAUGUGGCACGGAAUCCUCGCCCUCAGUUUCCCUGACGGGUCGGGUAAAGGUUACAACAUAAGUUCUCCUUUGGAUUCACGAAUUUCUCUUUCAUUUAAAGAGACUCAUAUUUGCGAGACGACCCCAGGCGUCAAGUCCUAUUCCGGCUACGUCAACCUUCCCGCCGACCCAGCAGACGGACGCGACUACGAGAUUCAUACCUUUUUCUGGUUCUUCGAGUCACGCCACGACCCGGCCAACGCUCCACUGUCCCUAUGGCUCCAGGGCGGGCCGGGCUACUCGUCCAUGACGGCCGCGCUGGGCGAAAAUGGUCCCUGUCUUGUCACGUCCGACUCCAAGGACACGGUCUUGAAUCCUUGGUCUUGGAACAAUGAGGUCAAUAUGCUGUAUAUUGACCAGCCCGUACAAGUCGGCUUCUCCUACGACACUUUAAUCAACGGCACCAUUGACGAGGUUGCGUCGCCAUUCCAAGUCACACCACACGAAUCCCUUGCCUCUGCAAACCUUAGCACCACGGUUCUUGGUGGCACAUUCGCGUCUGGAAGUCCAUUGUCCACUGCCCAUACCACGGUGCAAGCAGCCGAGGCAGCGUGGCACUUUAUGCAGACUUGGUUGAAAGAAUUCCCGCACUACCGGCCAAACGACGACCGCUUCAGCAUUUGGGCCGAGUCGUAUGGUGGCCAUUGGGGCCCGACCUUUUCCGACUACUUUGAGCAGCAAAAUGAGCGCAUCACCAAUGGCGAGCUCCCCAGCGGCGACAACAAAAAGGACGCCGCCAUUCCGCUCCACCUCGACACGCUGGGCCUCAUUAACAGCUGCCUCGACAUGGCCGUGCAGAUGCCCUUUUAUCCAGAAAUGGCCUUUAACAACACGUGGGGCAUCCAGAUCAUCAACGAGACCGCCUACGAGGCGGCCGCGGCGGCCUGGCCCCAGUGCCGUGACCAUAUCGACGAGUGUCGAACCUUGGCUUCUGAGCUCGACCCCCAGAGCAAUGGGACAAGCGACCAAGUCAACAAGGCCUGCGCCGGCGCCUAUAGCUUUUGCUUUGGUAACAUGUGGCAGCCUUUUAAUGCAACUGGGACCUAUCAGUUUGAUAUAACGUCCCGCGCCGGCGUGCCUUUUCCUCCAAAGUACGCGGCCGGAUAUCUCAACAUAAAGGAGAUUCAAGACGAACUGGGUGUUCCGCUGAAUUUUACCGGACUCUCUGCUGGUGUCACACAAGCUUUUGCCACUACCGGAGACUUUGUCCUCGGCCGCAACGUUGCCGUCCUGGGCGAGUUGCUCGACAGGGGCGUCAACGUGGCCCUCGUGUAUGGAGACCGGGAUUUCCAGUGCAAUUGGUAUGGAGGCGAACAGAUUAGCCUCGACAUUCAAUCACACAUUACCAAUGACUUUCAUGGUGCCAAAUACACCGAGAUCAAGACCAACGAGUCAUAUGUAGGCGGCCUGGUGAGGCAGUUUGACAAGUUGUCCUUUUCGAGAGUAUUCAAUGCAGGACACGAAGUGCCAUGGUAUCAGCCCGAGACGGCCUACCGCAUCUUUCAGCGCGUCAUGUCCAACAAGGACGUGGCCACGGGCACGGCAUCUACUGCUGGCGGCGGCAAGAAUUGCACUUCGAAACCGUAUUCGACGAGUCAAGGGCUCGACAGUAUCCAAUCCGUCUUGAACCAUCAGCAGCCGACCAAACACGAGCACGAAUGCUACUUCUGGGAUAUGCUUGAAACGUGCAGCACUGAAGAGAAACAAAUGUUCAAAAAUGGUACUGCCAUCACCAAGGAUUUCAUCCUCAUUGGCCAUAUCGGCGCCAAUGGAACGGCCAUAUACUUUUAA